AGUGUGCUACAAACAGCGGUAGGAGGUGUGUCGUGGCAGGUCUCCUCAAAUAAUCUUUUCUUUUUUUAUUUAUCCAAGCCUUCCUAGUUUACGUUUAGUUUUACAAUUUCUACCGUGAAAUUGCGUUUUGGACUGUGUUAACGAUUUCUAUUGUUUUAGUGAAGGAAUUUAACGUAGUGUUUGGUCUUCAAUAACGUGUAACGAUUAAUUUACUACGCGAAACUAGAGAAUAGUGGUAUAAAUUACGUUUUCUGGGACUUAAAUAACAUAAAUUAAUAUAAUUGUAAGCAAAAUAUUUAGUGUAAAAUGUUAACAGCGUAAUAAGAAAGAAAAACUGUCGCAUUGGGUGAAUAUAUAUUUGAUGGCUGUGGCGGUUCCUAACUGCCACUCGAGGGUGUCAAUGUCUGUCUCGAUGAGCCUGAUGCAGGGUACAGCCGGGCCUACGACCGGGGCAGGGCAACAAGGGGGCCUGCAUGGGGCCCAACCCUACUAUCAUCCACAACACGCCGCAGCACCGGCCCAUACACAGGAACAGGUCCAACCGGAUAGACCCAUUGGGUACGGAGCCUUCGGAGUUGUUUGGGCAGUGACAGACCCUAGGGAUGGAAGGAGAGUGGCGUUAAAGAAAUUACCCAAUGUGUUUCAAUCGGUGGUAUCUUCAAAAAGAGUUUUUAGGGAAUUGAAAAUGUUAUGUUUCUUCAAACAUGAAAAUGUUCUUUCAGCACUUGAUAUUCUUCAACCACCACACCUGGACUUUUUUCAAGAAAUAUAUGUGAUUACAGAGUUGCUUCAAAGCGAUUUACAUAAAAUUAUAGUAUCGCAUCAACCCCUUUCAUCGGACCAUAUAAAAGUUUUUCUAUACCAGAUUCUUAGAGGUUUAAAAUAUUUACAUUCGGCUAGGAUAUUACAUAGAGAUAUCAAACCUGGAAAUCUACUUGUAAACAGUAAUUGUGUUCUUAAGAUCUGUGAUUUUGGUUUAGCUAGAGUAGAAGAGCCCGACACAAACAAACAUAUGACGCAAGAAGUCGUAACGCAGUAUUACCGCGCACCUGAAAUUCUCAUGGGAGCUAAACACUAUUCCGCCGCGGUGGACGUUUGGUCAGUAGGUUGCAUUUUUGGCGAACUCUUAGGACGAAGGAUACUUUUCCAAGCCCAAAAUCCUGUACAACAAUUGGAAUUAAUAACCGAAUUGUUGGGUACGCCUUCUUUGGAAGACAUGAAAUACGCUUGCGAAGGCGCCAAGUCACAUAUGUUAAGGAGAGCCCCUAAACCUCCGUCGUUAUCAGCGUUGUACACGUUAUCCUCUCAAGCGACACACGAAGUUGUUCAUUUGUUAUGUCAGAUGUUGGUAUUUGAUCCAGAUAAACGAAUUUCCGUAGUGGAUGCUUUGGCGCAUCCGUAUUUAGACGAAGGUAGGUUAAGGUACCACUCUUGUAUGUGUAAAUGUUGUUAUACCACGGCAAGUGGAAUGAGGCAGUAUACUUCGGAAUUCGAAAGCACCGCCCCCCAACCCUUCGACGAUCACUGGGAGAAGAAAUUAACGACUGUACAGCAAGUAAAAGAAGAGAUGCAUAAGUUCAUAGCGGAGCAACUUAACACAAGUAGAGUCCCUUUAUGUAUAAAUCCCCAAUCUGCGGCAUUCAAGAGUUUCGCCAGGUAAGAUGGCCGCCAACGCCCAGAGCAGCGCAGCGCCAUUGCAUAGUUCGACAGUUGCUCAUUCAUCAGAAUUACCCCCAUCGCCUCAUAAAUGGGAAUCCCCUAGAAUAGUGGUACGGAGAUAACGUAAAAUGUACCGUUCGAUGUCUCUCUAUUUACCUUUUAAACAUUUUUGACAUUUUUAGUGAAAUACACCAAAUAUAAAUCAGGGAUUCUAUGCAAUGCGUCAAAUUUUUUUUUGUAAAGACAAAUAUUUCGCGCUGUACAACAAACAUUCGUCAUAGUGUGUGUUUUCGUGUAUAUUUAGUCGACAAGAGUGUGAUUUUAUUAUAUAAAAAAUUAUUUAGUAGAUCUGCCUAAAUAGAUUGUCACGUGAAUUUUGACAUUUGUCCAAUCGUUUUUUAAAAAUUUACCUAUAAAACCUUGUUUUUUUUUUAUUUACAUUUAACGCCACUUUAUAAUUUCUUGUCUUGUUUAUAAAAUUAUAUAAUUAAAUCGGGCUAUACUCCAAUAAAAACCAAAAAUAUUUCGUUUGCUGUUAUUGGAUAAAUAAUAGUAGCAUUUUUUUUAAAUUGAUAGAAAAUAUCUAAUUGGAUCCAUGUUGUAUAUAAAUGUAUGUAAAAUUCGUAGACAGUUGAAACUACGAGUCACCCUGUAGAUACAGUGUACAGAAAUCACUGCCUUGAUUAGUUUAGAUGAAAAAAAAAAAUAAUAGUAAUAUUUAGUUGUAUAAGACUGGCAAUUUUUAUAAUUUCGCAAGAAUUAAUCAAAUUUUUGUCAAAAAAAUUGCAUACCACAAAUAAUCCUAAUAGUAAUAUUAAAAAACAACUCACGCAAAAGAAAAAAAGCUGCAAAAAAUCAUUUCGUGAAUUAAAUAAAUAUUUCGUCUUUUUUCUUUAUAAUUUUUCUGGCAUUGUUGGAUAAAUGUUUGGUUUUUUCUUCCUUUUUUUAUCCAUUUCCCAAGAUAAUCCUUUUUUUCGCCUAUUUCCUUUUUCUUAUUCGUCUAUUGAUUUUUUCAUUUCUUUGUAUUUUAUUAAAUGUCCUUUUUGUUCUUGUUUUUUAUUUAUUGCCAUUUUGUUCACUAUCUUCUGUGAUAAUACAAGGCCUGUUUGUUUAUUUGCCCCUUUCUCUCUAAUUCUCAUUAUUUCUCAUUUAUUUCGCCUAUUUCCUUUUUCUUCUCCACAUUUUCUUAUUCGUCUAUUUAUUUUCUUGUAUUGUUAUAAUAGUUUCGUGUUUUACUUUAUUCUAUAGGCUUUUCUUGUUUUGGGAAAUUAUAGAAACGUCCUUUAUUUUAAUAUUUGAUUAACAAAGUGUGUAUCGACCAAAUAUAAUAAAUUAUUUUCCCACUAUUUUUUUCAAAUAAAAAAUCUUGUAUAUCAAAUACAAUAAUAUACAGAGUGAUAUGUUUAAAAUACCGAUAAUACAAUUUUAUACAUUCUGUAUAAAAACUGUGUAAAGUGGAUUUGAAAGUUUGCAAUUUUUUUAUACAAAAAUAUAAAAUUGUUUCAUUAGAUUGUGAUUUAGUUUCACAAACUAAAUGCUGAUCAGUUCAGAUUGUCUUAUCCAACUUAUUUGUUUUUAUGCAAUUUUCUCCAAACGAAAACUAAAAUGUGCUGUGAUAAAUAUAGGAAAAAGAAAACUUUUAUUCAAUUUUUUUAAAUGGUGUUAAGUUCGUAUUUCUCAGUAAGAAAAUUCGAAUUGAUCAGCACGACAUUAUUUUAAUAAAAAGUUUCAUUUAUUACUUCCAGAAAUACCAAUCAACUAAAUGACAAUGUUUUUCGAGAUAACUUCAAAGAAUUGACAAUAAAACGAAAUAUAAAUUGUUUACAUACAUUUUUUUUUAGAAAAUAUUUAGUGUCUUGUACCAAAGAACUUUUUUUAACAAUACAAUUUGUGUCAUAUAACAAACAAUAUUUUCAACGAAAAAACAAUUUGUUAUGUACCAAACAUUUUUUACAAUGUGUGUCAUGUACCAAAAAACUUUUUUUACAUAAAGCUAUUUCCCUCAUGUACCAAAUAAUAGUUUUUACCCAAGAUAAUAUUUAUCAUGUAUCAAACAACAAUUUUUACACAAAACAAUUUCCGUCAUGUUCCAAAUAAAAUGUUAUUCAUGAGGUCCAUAUUGGUUGUCAAAUCUAAUCCAUCUACAUCACAAAAUGUAGAUAUUCCAGACUUAAGAUCUAAACUACUAUUUUCUUCUAUACUGUAAACUCCAUUUUCAGCAUUUGGUGCUUUUAUGUCUAUUCCAGCCAUUGAAAGGAUUUUGGACGCACGAGAGUGGGGAUUCAUUCUGAAAUAAAUAGGUUUUAUUUAGGCCUUGCAUAGACAAAAAAGAACGAAAAUGUAAAACUGUGUAAAGUAGGUACCUAUAUGUAUAAGUUGGUAAUGAAUAUUCAAUACAUUUUGUGCAUUAUAAGUAGAUAUCUAUCCAAACUCUUUGCACCGGACAACUUUUUUGUUGGUAGCAGUCUGUUUCACUCACAAUAUAAUUUACUUAGAGUGAGACAGUCAGGGGUUGGCAAAAAGGGACCACGUGGUGGCCUACUUGUCAGGUGGAAAGCCUCCUCACAUUACUACUGGAGUAAGACAGACUGCUGCAAAACUGUUGCCAACCUAAAAGUUAUUCGCUGCAUCACCUUAUUAUAUUAGUUAAGUAGGUCCCUAUAAUGGGGCCCACACACCUCGUUCUUCUCUGUCGAGUUUAACCGACGGUUAAAAACGUCAGAGUAGAAUGAAGAACGAUGGAGGCUACACAUCUCGUAUUUACUCGAACAGUUCACGAUAACCGACAAAAAUCAAGCUUAGUCUGAAUUUUGGAACGUCGUUCAAAACCGAUUUGGUUCCAAUAGCUCCAUCCAUUUCAAUAUUGGUGUUUUCAAACCUACUUCGUUUUACAAGUAGUUUUUUACCCGAAAAGGAAAGUUUCCGGUUAUCCUCAUCGUUAUUUUAUCCCAUAUCAUCCGAAACAUGAAUUUAACUAAAGAUUGUGAUCUUUUCAAAUCAAAAUUUGAGAAGAAUCGAUAUAGAAUCAUUUUAGAAUUUAAUUCAUUGAUGGAGAAAACCGUAACUGUGCUCAGAUAUCAAAAUUUCAGCCCGUUUCCUGUAAAAGUACCCGAAUCUGUAUGAACCAUAUGAAAAUCUUUUGUGACAUUAUAACUUGAAAAUAGUAUUUUUUCAUAUCUUUACAAUCCCCUUUAAAAUGCCUUAGGGAAAAAGUGUCUUAACUACUCAAAUCAUGAUAUUCUCAACUAAAAGCUUUGUUUUUAUAAAAAGAUCAAGCCCAGUUUACAUAGAAACUAAAAUCAUAUACAUCUAUAUAUGAGUAAUAUUUUAUAUAUUAAAUUCAUGAAAUAUAAUAAAAUAACUUACUUGUCAUCCACGAUGUUUAUGUCUUCGAUGUUUAAUCCUUUUAACAAAGGACAAUUUGAAUAAUUCACAUUAAAACAACAAAAAACUUCAGGAGUCCGUUUUCAUACUUUCACAAAGAGUUACCGCAAGAUCUUUUUUAGUAGCAGAGAUGGUAACAAAAACGAGAUAUUCCGCAAUAUAAACAUUUUUUUUUAUGUAACUAAAAUUUAAAACCAAAAUUAUUCGUCACCUCUCGUAUAAAGUAUGAUUAUAAAUAUUAAGUAUUAUACAGAAUUACCAAUAAUACAAAAACAAAAGAUACCAUAACUAUAGGAUAUCAACAAGGUUUGUACAUAUACAAACAUACUUAAUUCUGGGCUUAUACAUAAAAUAACAUUUUUUUGGUCAAAAAUAAUUGAUUAUGUCUCGAAAUAUAAAUAAAAAAACUGAAUGAAGAAGUAAAUUAGUUCAAAAAUAAAUUUCAUAAAUACGGUACGUUUAAAAAAGAACCAGAAAUGACGCGAUCGAGUGGUAACACUGCUGUGAUUCAAUUAAACAGCUGAUUAAAUGACGUAAUUUAAUUGUUACUAAUAAGGCACUAAUAGGUUAAUUUUAUAAAAUUCUUUAAAGUUGUCUCUUAAUUGUGAAUUUUGAUUUAAAGACUAAUGUAAAGACUGUGAAUAUUUUAGCGAACUUACCUUUAUUGAAGCAGCUCUAUGAAAAAGUCCUUAUUAACAAAGUUUCGUUUGACAUGAUUGCCAACGUAAAAAUAUAGUUGUAUUUAGUGUCAUUUGGUGUGAAUAUUAAGUGUGCAAUUGAGAAUAUAGAGACUGUUGAUAAAAAUGUCUUUGUAGUGGAUCAGAUCUCGGAAAUUUGAAAAAAAAAGGAGAAAAGUGUUUUCAGUUCACCGAAAUAUCUAUAUACAGGGCUGGGAUAAAUUUUCUGGGCGAGUACAAUGAUUUACAACAUGUAUAAGUAGGUUAAUAGAUUAAAAAAAGAACAUUUAUAAUUUAAUUAUGAGUUUAAUUUACGCGAUUAUCUAAACAAGGUACUCAUUUCACCUCAUUUACUUUACUUUAUAUAUGAAAUGAAUUAUUUAAAACUGUAUCGAUAUAUUUUUAUCUAUAAACAAUGGAAUAUUAAUUGACGGAUUAAUUUCUUCCUUUUUGGAAGUGGCUAUGAAACAGCAGUGACUGUGCAACUACAAUAAUUCGAUGUUUGUUUUCUCCCGUAAAUGUUUUUUUCUUUUUUUGGGAUCUGGUCUCUUUAUAUUUGAGUAUAUUAAAACUUCGUCUAUAUAUUGUGUAGUCAAUUUUUUUUUCAUUUGUACAUAAUUUUAAUUAAUUUUACUUAGUGAAUUUUAUUGUUAAGAUCUUUUAAGAAAUAUCGUUUUUCUAAUUCAAAGCGUAUGGCCAAAUAAUGCCGUAAAGGCGUUAAUUAGUUUAAAUAUUUUAGAUAAUUGAAUAAUCUAAUGUGAUGGUACAAGUUGAAUUGGAAAAAGUAUAAAAAUGUAAAGACUGUAUGCCAGCUUUGUCAUUUUUGACAGUUUUAAUAUAAAAUUGCGUGCAUAGAAUUCAACCCAUCAACCCGCUGUAAAUUUUUGACUAUCCUUUAAAAAACAAUUAAAACAACUUUGAUAUGAGCUUAAAUCAAUUGACUUAUUCAAUACCAAGUUCGAUUUGUCAUAUUAAAUUUCGUAUUAUAAGAAAGCAAUUUCGUUUUUACUCUUACUAUAAAUAUUCAAUUAUAACUAAAUCAGUGCUAUUUGUUGUCCACUUUGUAACUCGAAAACCGACUUCUGUAUAGUAUCUUGAGUUACUUAACAUGUCUUAAAGCACCUCUCCCGUGACCACGAACCACGACUAUAUCUUGGUUGAUUUCAUUGAUCAUUUGGUAUUAAUUCUGAUCCUUAGUUUCGGAUUCGUAUUAAAAAAUCAUAAGUUUUUGCUCUUCUGACAGUUUUUUCGCGUUGCUGAAGAAGCAAUGUUUCGGCCAUGUGUAAACAUAACCAUCAUCGGAAUUGAAACAUUUGUCAUAUCAUGGGAUCAACUUUUGUAUCCCUCUGUCGCUUGGGAAAGGAACCACGCGCAGUUAUACCAUUCAUGAUGGACAGUCGCCUAAUGGAAACUUCUUUAUGGAUACUUGAACGACUGUGUAUACAAGUAAGGCGUCAUCUAUUGGAUGAUUUUGGAACUACAGAUCUGAUGAUGAAGUUAUUUGAAUUCUACUACUCAAUAGAGGUGAACGAUCAAGCCAGAAUAUGUUUAAAUUUUGUUAUUUUGUAAACAAUAGAAGAGGUUAUUUAAAGUUUAAAGUGCUUUUCUGAGGUAAUAACAACCACACAUACAUAAGGUGUUAAAAUCUCAUUCUAGUGGCCAAUAAAACUCUAGAGCACCUUUUUGAUACUUUCGUGUAGAUAUCUAAAGUCACAUGAACAAAUGCAUUUCUAAUCUAUAACUACAUUAUUCAGAUUAAUUGUUAUCUCAUGAGGCUGGGAAGUUAGACCUGAUGUCUGUAGACAUAAACUUUAAAUGAUUUUGGAAUUUGUUCCUUCUAAGCUACAUAAUACUGUCCCAUUUAAAAAUCGCUUCACUUUCUUUUAGCACUCUACUUUUGACUCCAUUUUAUUCCAUGAUGUUAUAAAGGGUUACUUUCGUCAUUUUUAGACAAUUUCUUGUAUACAACUUUUUGUUCUAACCACAUAAACACGAUUAGGAAAUAACGAAGAUUAUAAAAAUAAAAAAAAUCCUACCAAAAUUAGUAGAAACAGCAAUCGAACACCAUUACAGACUGUAUUGUAGAAGCCAAAUUCAGCGCCAUCUAAUGAUAGCAGAUAUUUUCGCCAAUAGGACAGGAGGAGGGGAUUAUUAAUGACAUGAUGCAGCACUUAUUCAAUUGAAUUAUUUAUACGUCAUAGAUUUUCUACGCAAGCGCUAAUUGCAUUUAAUUUAAAAGAAAACGUGUCACAUACGUUUGUUAUUGACUAUAUGGAUAAGUUCUUUCGACCUACAGGUUUCUUCGUACAUAAAUUUUGACAUAUUUAAAAUAAUAAUAAAGAAAAAUUGUCUUUAUUUUUUUCCUUAAGACUAGCUUUUUAAAAAAUAUAUAGUUUCAACUCAAAAAUACACAUUUUUAUAAUUGUUUGCACGUAAUUGUAUAUGCUUUGUAUUUUUUUUAACAACUGUAAAUAUUAUUGGGUAUGUUUUAUUCAUUUUUUUUUUACUAUAUAAGUUUCAUUAAUAUCUCAGUCUAUCUCAAAUUCGUAAUAUUUUUAUGUUUAAUGAAGUAAAAUACAAAAAAAAUAUCAUAGAAAAUUUCGUGUUUAAACAUAUUAAUAUUAUAUCAAAACAUUCAACUGUUCCGAUUUUUUUUAAGAUUUUGUAAUUAUAUUCCAAUCAUUUUCCAGAGAUCUCAGUAAAGAAUGUAAAUAUUGAAAUGUAACUCAUAAUUUUUCCAAGUAACGGUCAGUCUAUAUUUACUUUAAUAUACUCUGAUAUAAAAAAAAUAAAUGAAAUCUCA